AUGGUAGACCGAAGGCGAAUACAAGGGCCGGAAGUUAGUGUUGCUCCGAUUAUCAUAAAAUCAGCUGAUAAAAGAACGUGUUUAAAGGAUGAACAUUCUCGGCGACGCGACGGAAGAAAUUUAGAAGAUAUUUGUCCGAUCUGUCUCAUAAGUCAAGCUAAUGGUUCAGCAUUUAUAGAAAUACGUCGGACUAAGAUUGCUUGUGGCGUUUAUGGCCCGCGUCAGACAAAAAUUCCAUCCUUUAGUGGAAAAGGAAAUUUGAAUGUAGAGAUUAAAUUUGCGCCUUUUUCGUGUCAAAAACGUAGACAACCAUAUAGAGAUGCUCAGGAGAAAGACCUUUCUCAGCUAGUGAUUGAAGCACUUGUGCCUUCAAUACGACUUGACUUAUUGCCAAAAUCUACUAUCGAUAUUUAUAUUACAGUGCUCGAAAACGAUGGAACAGCAUCAUGUUUGGCAGCCGCUAUUACAUGUGCAUCAGUUGCUGUGGCUGAUGCAGGAAUUGAGAUGUUGGAUUUAGUACCAGCAUCAUCGGCGUCGUAUAUCGGCGGUGAGAUUUAUAUGGAUAGUGAUCUUGUAGAAGAACAACACGAAACCGGAUAUUUAAUCCUAUCGUACAUGCCUUCGUUGAAGGAAGUGACACAUAUAUUACAGUCUGGUGAUGUUGAUCUGGCUUUAACAACUCAAGCUUUUGAACAAUGUACAGACGCCUGUUCUAAGAUUUACUCGGUCAUGAUAAACAGUCUCUUGUUACCUAUACGGGAUACGCAAUAA